AUAGAGUACGGAGUGAGGAGCGAAUGAAAAAUCCAAAGCCGUGUCCAUUUCUUUCAUACGCAUCUAUCUGAUCCCGACGAGAAAGAAAACCCCCAAACUGCAAAACCCUAGAAAUUCAGAAUUCUCAAAAUCUCAAUCUCAUAGAUAGGGAUUGAGAUAAGAAUCAGCCAUGGAUUUCGAUGAGUACGAUUACUUGGAGAAGACAGUAGAGGAACAAGAAGACAGAGACUCUUCUAAGAAGAAGAAGGAAAGCAGCGACAAGACCGAAAGAAGCUACAGAAAGCGCGACGAGAUCGAAGAGGGCAUCGAAGAGAAGAGGAGCAGGAGGUCCAAGGACGAUGACGAACAUGUCUCUAAGAAGGAUAGAGAUCGUGAUGGUGACCGCGAUAAGGAGCGUCAUAGGAGUGGCAGGGAUAGGGAUAGAGACAGAGAGAGUGAGAGGAGUAGCAGAGACAGAGAUAGAGAGAGGGAGAAGGAUAGGGAUAGAGAGAAAGAGAGGAGAGAGAAGGAUAAAGAGAGGGAAUUGAGGGAGAGGGAGAAGGAGAGAGAAAAGUCCCGGAGCAGGAGGAGUGGGAGUCAUUCUGAGCGAGAUAGAGAGAGAGAAAGGGAUGAGAGAGAAAGGUCCCGGAGCCGGAGGAGUAGAAGUCGUUCUGAGCGAGACAGAGAGAAAGAACGGGAGGAAAAAGAGAGGUCUCGGAGGAGCAGAAGUCGUUCUGAGCGCGAUAGAGAUAGAGAACGGGAUUUCGAUAGAGAUAGCCGGAGAUUUAGGGAGAAGAAAGAAGCUUUGGAGCCUGAGGCAGAUCCAGAAAGGGAUCAAAGAACUGUUUUUGCCUAUCAGAUGCCCUUAAAGGCAACAGAAAGGGAUGUUUAUGAAUUCUUCUCAAAAGCUGGCAAGGUGAGAGAUGUUCGUCUGAUCAUGGAUAGGAACUCAAGACGAUCUAAAGGAGUUGGCAAUGCGAUAAUGAUGAGGGAUGAUGGGAAUACCUUGCACUCAUGUUUAAUCAAUUCAUGCUGCGUACUCAAGAUACAUCAAAAGAUACUCAGGUAUAUUGAGUUUUAUGAUGCAAUGUCGGUGCCAAUGGCAAUUGCUCUUUCUGGUCAACUUCUUCUUGGACAACCUGUAAUGGUCAAACCUUCUGAGGCUGAAAAAAACCUAGUUCAAUCUAAUACUACCGCUGGAGCUGCUGGUGUGGUAGGACCAUAUGGAGCUGUAGACAGAAAGUUGUAUGUGGGGAACCUUCACUUCAAUAUGACUGAGAGUCAGUUGAGAGAGAUUUUUGAGCCAUUUGGUACUGUGGAGCUCGUGCAAUUGCCUCUUGACUUGGAGACAGGACAUUGCAAGGGUUUUGGGUUUAUUCAAUUUGCCCAUCUAGAGCAUGCCAAGGCUGCCCAGAGUUUAAAUGGAAAAUUGGAAAUUGCUGGCAGAACAAUCAAGGUUUCGUCUGUGGCAGACCAUGUUGGAAGCCAAGAUACGACAGCAAAGUCUGCAGAUUUUGAUGAUGAUGAAGGUGGAUUGGCUUUAAAUGCCCAAUCAAGAGCAUUACUUAUGCAGAAGCUGGAUCGCUCUGGAAUUGCCGCAAGCAUUGGUUUACCCAUUAUGAAUGGGUCAGCUCCUGCUCAGCAAGCUAUUAGCUUGCCUAUCGGUAAUCCUGGAUUAAUACCAGCACUAUCUCUACCAACUCAAAUUAUGCCCACCCAAGUGGCCGAACCUGUUGGUACCCCCAGCGAGUGUUUACUGUUGAAGAAUAUGUUUGACCCAACCACUGAGACAGAGCCUGAUUUUGAUCUAGACAUCAAAGAGGAUGUAGAAGAAGAGUGUUCUAAAUAUGGGCGGGUGAAGCAUAUCUAUGUCGACAAAAAAAGUGCAGGUUUUGUGUAUUUGAUGUUCGAAACAGUAGAAGCAGCAGCUGCUGCUCAGCGUGCAAUGCACAUGAGGUGGUUUGCACGCAGGUUAAUUGCAGCUAUUUACAUGCAACCUCAGGUAUAUGAAGCUAAGUUUAAAGGGGAGGUUUGAAGAACUGCUUGCAGGCUUUGUAGCUCUUAAAGACGACAAAGCGCUUAUUUUUCUCGUACUAGUUUCAGACUGAGUUUUAGUUUAUGAAUUCUUGCUCAUGACCUGUAUCAUUAGAUGUAUGAUUACAGAAGUUCAACCCUAGUGACAUUCAUGAUCAAUAAUUGACUAUUUGGUAUCCUAUGUAUUUAAACCGUUGUACUAUCUUUCGUCUCCUAUUUAUACUCGUGGCUACUAUAACUUGUAUUUGCCGGCAGAAAGAAAUAUAUUAUCUCCCUGUUAAAAAUAAACAAUUUUUUUAUA